CAACGCCCAAAGCCCUCCGAAGCUCGCCCAUCCCGCAAUCCAUCUCCUCUCCACCCGCCAUGUCUGCUGCACGAGCUUUCAGCACCGCUUUCCGGGCUGGUGUCCCCCGCGCCCCCAUUGCCGCCCGCUUCGCUCGUGGUUACGCUGCCGCCGCACCCAGCAGCGCAGCAACCAAGCCUCCGGUUGCCCUCUUCGGUGUUGAUGGAACAUACGCCAGCGCUUUGUACACCGCUGCUGCCAAGACCAGCACCCUCGACAACACCGCAAAGUCGCUCGAGCAGCUCUCCGCCAUUUUCAAGAAGGAUGCCAAGCUCGCUGAGAUCCUCCGCGCACCCACCCUCUCCGUCUCCGACAAGCAGCAGAUCGUCCAGGAGCUCCAGAAGCACAUCGGCCAGGACAAGGAGGGCAUCGUCAAGAACUUCCUCGACACACUCGCCCAGAACAACCGAUUGGGCGUGCUAGAGGGCGUCGUAGAGAACUUCAGCGUCCUUAUGGGUGCGCACCACGGCGAGAUUGAGCUCGUUGUUACCAGCGCUGCUCCCCUCGACAACAAGACCCUCUCCCGCCUCGAAACCGCCGUCAGCAAGUCGCAGUACGUUGGCCAGGGCCAGAAGCUCAAGGUUGUCCCCAAGGUCAACCCCGAGAUCCGUGGUGGACUCGUUGUUGAAAUCGGCGACCGCACCAUCGACCUGUCCGUCUCCUCCAAGAUGGCCAAGAUGAACAAGCUCCUCAAGGACACUUUGUAAAUAUAGCAAUCUGAUAUACCGAGCGGUCAACGUUCACCAAGGAAGUGUGGAUGUGGUAGGAUUGUGUACUCUAGAUGAUUCGUGAAGAGCAAUUUAGUUGGUGUUCAUCUACAA